AUGCCCUCGCUCUUUUCCCGCGCCCGCACGGCAUCGACACCUUCCCCCUCCACCGCCGCCAAGGCAAAGACAAAGCCGCCCCCCCAGCCGCCGCUUAUCCUCCCCCCACAGGCGCUACCCGCAUCCGGUGUUAGGCGCCCUGCACUCUCUCUUGGCGUUGACGAGUUUGGGCUCGCGGGCGAGGCUGGUUAUGGCGCCGUCGGUUUCCUCCCCUCAUCCUUCCCGCGCGAUUUCCACACUCCCUUCGCAGGGAGCUCCUCACUAGCACCCUCCCCGGCCCCAGGCCAGCCUCCUCAGCCACCCCCACCACCGCCCAGGCAGCAAUAUGGCCUGCUGUCGGUUGCAAGGGACACCGUUCUCGGCUUGACGGAUGCGGCAAGGCUUACGUCGGCGAUAUGUGCCGCGUUGGAGAGGACAGGCGUCGCGACACCUUUUGUUUUCUCCUCUCUCGCCUUGGAUGCAAGAAAAGCAGGCGUUGUGAGGCUGGUGCAGACGUUCCUGACGAGGAGUCCAGAGGCCUUUGAAGAGGAGACACGGUUCUCAGGCGCACAUGAGCUGGCGCUGUGUCUUCGCUGGGGAUUGAGCAGGGUGGUUAGGGUCGAGGGCGGGAGAGAGCUAAGAGGUCUGCUUAGUUGGGCGUGGUACGAACGGUGGAAGGGCGAAGAAGCGGCAAACGCAUACCCGCCAACGGCUUUUACUACGUUCAUCGAUUCCCUUCCCGCACAACUAGCUCCCAUCCUCCGACCCCUUUUCGACGUCUGCACCAAACUCGUCGCUCAUUCUUCUGCGUCGGGCCAUACUCCGCCUUCCUUGGCCUCUAUUCUUUCCCCGCUUCUUUUUGGAUUAUCACCGCCCCCGCUGGGAACCACCCCGGUCGCGCCAUCUUACCCGACACCGACCUCCCCGACGGGCAAGAAGGACAAAAAAGACAAGGGCGGCGACAAGGAGAAGGAUGAUCCCGAAGCGCUGCUGUUCCCCACCAUCGACGACUUCAGCGUCUUCACAUCGAUUUACGAGGAGUAUCUCCGUGGCGCCAGAGCUGCAGAACACCUUAUACUCGCUUGUAUUCGGGAAGUUGUGUCGAGUGGUGGUGGCGCGCUUGGUGGGCCAACAAGAUUGAGGGAGUGGGUUGGAAUGUACCCCGCGAGCAUUGACACUGGGAGCGGGGGGAAUAAUGGGGCACAAACGAGGAUUGGGGCAAGAAGGGGCGCGAAGACGGUGCGGGUUGUCCACGUUCGCAGGAAUGUCCGCAGCUAUUCGGGUGACCUGGUCAAGAGCGGGAGUUCGUGGGCUGAAAGCACUGGCGGCACACCAAAUGCUUGGGCAGCAUCACGCGCGUGGCGCACCAUCGUUGCGGGCGGCGCUGGUGCCCCGCGAUAUACGGACAGUUACCGCAAGCGCAUGGACUUUGGCGUUGGGGUACAUCCGUCCACCACAUCGCUCUCGUCAUCUACGUCAUCGUCGCUCCCAGGUCUAUCUCCGCCGACACCCUACUCUUCCCUGACUUCGCCGUCAUCGACUUCGCUCGCGUCGACGGAGUCUGCGCCUGGCGCGUUCCGCAGCCUGACGGACCUGCAGUGGGGCGCGUUUGAGAGCUUGGGAUUCGGGCAUGGGACGGGUGAUGGGGUUGGUGGGUUUGAGGUCGGUUUGGGUGUUGGGGACAAGGGAGAAGUGGGCAAGGGCGGGAUUGAGGGGAGAUUGAGGUUUGAUUUGACGGAGAAUGCGAGGGCGGAACGCGCUGCGAAGCGGGAAACCCUUUCCUGGGCCGACUUUUCCGCUGCAGGCUUUUCCCGCUCAGACGCGCCUCUGUCCGCAACGUUACAAUUCGCACCGCCCUUGUCGCUCGGGCUCGGGACGACAACGGCGAAUACGCCGCUCAAUGCAGAACUUACGAGGAAGUUGCGGAAAGCACACAAGGCGCUGCCUGCGUUUGGCUGGGACACGGCCCCGGUUCUUGGCGCGGAGGAGGUGCUCGAGGAGGCGUUUCUGGACGUGUUUUGCGAUUUGCUUUAUGGCGGCGGGUGGAUGGAACGCGCGGCGGGCGUGGGCGGGCCUAGUGCUGAGUUGGCUAGGGAGUGUUCGUGGGCUUUGGUCGAAUACAAGUCAAGAUCUGGAGGCCAACAGGACCCCGGCGCGACACUGGUGCUUUACGAGGAGUUUGUCCCGCGCGAAUACCGACUCGCUUUGGCUGGUGUUGCUCCCCCGGGCACAAGAAGGCGAUUGCCAUCGUUCUUUACCCCGUCGACUGUUCCAGGCGGGGGCAAGGCUUGGAAGCAGGCCCCAACACUGAACGGGCGACCGUAUGUGCUUGGAGCAACACCCGCCGCAAUGGGCAGCAGCCGCGACCUCGACUUCGAGUCGAUGCUCCGCGCGCAGGGCAAUACCAAGAUGAUCUCGCUCGGGCCCGGGCCGCGGCCGCCGGAGACGCCGGCCGUGGGGAUUUCGAGGACGCGCAGCGAGGACUCGAGCGAGAGCGGGCACGGGCCGGGGACGCCGAGUAAACGACAGAGUGGGCGUUUUCGCCUGCCAGGCGGGAUGCUCCCCAACCCUAGUCCUGGCGGCGCGAGCGGGGUCCCCCGGACGGUGGUCCGGCCGGGGAUGGCGCCGGCGGAGAGCCGGCCCGUCGAGUUUGCGACACGGUUUGCGGCGGGGCCGGAGUCGGAUGAUAGUGAGGAGGAGGCGGAUGAGGUGAAGAGGGAGGCGAAGCAGCGGAGAAGGGAGAGCGCGAGUGAUGCGUGGGUGGACAUACUCGUUGGCAGUAUGGGUGCGAGAAGGAUGGGUGGGCAGGACGCGGUUAUGCGGACGACCGGCAGCGGCGCGCGGAGGCGGGCGGGCCGUGGCGGUCCGGACCUGGAUUUGGCAAGCAUGGAGGUGGCGCAGAGGCUUGCGGCGGAGACGAUGAUGAAUCGGACGAGUGUGGAUGUGGAUAUGGAGCCCGUGCCGCAGCCCUACCGCGACUCGGAUGUGGUGGAGGUUGAGCGGGUACCACGCAAAAGCGAGCAAGGCCAGUCAGUGGAGUCGCAUUAUGACGACGACAACGCCUACGACGGGAUUAGUGAGGGCGAGGGUUAUGGGGCGCCUACCGAUGACGAAGAAGACAGUCUUACUCCGGGAGCUGAAGUCCAUCCCGUUCUAGCGCAAGCACGACAGGCUAGACGGGCGGGCUACUUUGACGCGCAUCCGGAGCGCCGGCCAGUGUCAGUUAAUUCGGUGUCGGAUGUGGACCCCGAUGAUCCGAGGAGUCUGCUGAGUGGGCCCGACAGCGAUGACGAGCCCGAGCCAUUGGUUCCACCGCCACGAAAUCUGGACAGUAUUCGCCCGCUGCCGAAUCCUACCCCUGCCCCACCUCCACCUCCUCCUGCGCCAAUUGUGUCCGCUCCCGCCCCCGCUACAAGUAAUGCUAGUAUCGCAGCGCCGAAACCGAGUCAGCCAAGCAAAACGGGCGCACUUAUCGAUAUGUUCCGCGAGAAGGAGAUGGGGCAGAAGAACAGCCCGAAGCCGCCGCCAUUACCCGCACCAUCGAGAUUACCUGUUCGUGCUGCGGGUACGGGUGUCGCCGCUGGCCAGCAGCCGCCGGCAUCUCCGAUUGGCCCGAGGCCGACACCGUCUAAGGAGAAGGCUUCGCCUGCGGCUGUCCCUCCGCCCGCGCCAUCACCAGCUCCAGCACCGAAACCCAGUCCGCCGUUGUUGGAUCCAUCGGAGUUGCAGCUUCCGUUGGAGGAAGGCCGCGCGAGUCCCGCGCGAUAUGUCCAUGGCGCGCCGCUUCAUAAUGUGCUGGAGGAAGAAGAGGAGGAGUAA